CCGGCAGAGGAAGUGGACGGAGAUGUGACGCUGUUUUCCUGCAGUGAGCCGCAGACGUGACCGACUGUCCGCUCUGUCACUUAAAUGCGUCAUUCUUCUUCUUCUUCUGCUUCUCCUUCUUCUCCUUCUUGCGGUGAAUCAUCUGUCCUUUUAACGUUUGAUGUCUCGGAGCGUCUUGCUGUCAUGCCGGAGGCUCCUUGUUGUUGCGCAACGUGAUUCUUGCUGCUGCACAACAACAGCGACCGACCGACCGACCGACCGACCGACCGACCGACUGACUGACUGUUGACUGACUGACUGAUUAACUGACGGACCGACUGCCUUUGCGGAAGCCGAGCAGCCGAGGCGGCGCUAAGUGAAAUUAGCAUACUGAGCAUUUAGCGGCGCACCGAUGUGGAUGGACGGAUGAUCGGCGCGGUUUGAGGACUGGAGAUUAUCCGCAGAGACAGCCGAGUCCGGCCUCAUUUUGUCGGGAUCCUUCUGCCGUCCGCCUGCCGAGGAGAUGGGGGACAAGGCGGGCACCAGAGUUUUCAAGAAAUCAAGCCCCAACUGCAAGGUGACAGUUUACCUGGGAAAGAGAGACUUUGUGGAUCACCUGGACCAGGUGGACCCAGUGGACGGUGUGAUCCUGGUCGACCCCGAGUACCUGAAGGACAGGAAAGUCUUCGUCACUCUGACCUGCGCCUUCCGUUAUGGCCGUGAGGACCUGGACGUCCUGGGUCUGUCCUUCCGGAAGGAUCUCUACAUCUCCACCUUCCAGGCUUUCCCUCCGGUGCCUGAGGAGCGGAAACCCAACAGCCGUCUGCAGGAGCGGCUGCUGAAGAAACUGGGCCAGCACGCUCACCCCUUCUACUUCACUAUUCCUCAGAACCUGCCAUGUUCAGUCACCUUACAGCCCGGCCCAGAGGACACUGGGAAGGCUCGUGUCCCCCUGCAGGCCUGCGGCGUCGACUUCGAGAUCAGAGCCUUCUGUGCCAAGUCCAUAGAGGAGAAGAUCCACAAGAGGAACUCGGUGCGCCUGGUGAUCAGGAAGGUGCAGUACGCUCCGGAGAAGCCCGGUCCUCAGCCCAUGGUGGAGACGACUCGCAGCUUCCUGAUGUCCGACAGAUCCCUGCACCUGGAGGCCUCGCUGGACAAGGAGCUGUAUUACCACGGUGAGCCCAUCAGCGUCAACGUUCACGUCACCAACAACUCCACCAAGACCGUCAAGAGAGUCAAGAUCUCAGUGCGUCAGUAUGCAGACAUCUGUCUCUUCAGUACAGCUCAGUAUAAGUGUCCUGUGGCCCAGCUGGAGGCAGACGACCAGGUGUCCUCCAGCUCCACCUUCUGUAAGGUGUACACUCUGACUCCCACACUGGACAAGAACCGAGAGAAGAGAGGCCUGGCUCUGGACGGCAAGCUCAAACACGAGGACACCAACCUGGCCUCCUCCACCAUUGUGAAGGAUGUGACCAACAAGGAGGUUCUUGGUAUCCUGGUGUCCUACAGAGUCAAAGUCAAGCUGGUGGUGUCACGUGGAGGGGACGUGUCGGUGGAGCUGCCCUUCGUCCUCAUGCACCCCAAACCUGCAGAGCCUCCGGUGUCCCGCCCACAGUCAGCUGUGCCAGAGCUGGAUCCCCCCAUCGACACCAAUUUGAUAGAGUUUGACACAAACAUCUCCCAGGACGACGACUUCGUGUUCGAGGACUUCGCCCGCCUGCGGCUCAAAGGCCUGGUGGACGACAAGGACGAGGACUGCUAGGAGCCCCCAGCCCCACACACACACACACACACACACACACACACACACACACACACACACACACACACACACACACACAGUUACAUUCCCUGGUGGAGGGGGUGAAGGCGUGUGGACGGAGGCCGGCGACGUCUUCUUCCUCUCUCGCUUCAGCCGUUUGUCCUGCUGCCAUCUUUCACUUUUUUAUUCGUUUUUUUUUUUUUUUUUUUAUCUUCAUCUGUUUUCGCUCCAAGUUGAAAAAGUGAUUUCUGAGCAGCUGCGGGACGAGGGUCGCUCCUGCGGGACGAGGGUCGCUCCUGCGGGACGAGGGUCGCUCCUGCGGGACGAGGGUCGCUCCUGCGGGACGAGGGUCGCUGCUGCGGGACGAGGGCCGUAAAACGGACAAAGUGUGGGACGUCCACCUGGACACAAACAAAAGAAAAGAAGAAGAAGAAAUGAAGUGGUGCCGCCGCCCCGUUCGUCACGAGCUCUGGACUUCCUCUGCCUGUCCAUCACCGUCCCACACACACACACACACACACACACACACACACCUCAAACGUUUAACCCUUUGACAGCCUGACAUGGAGGGAAAAAUGAAAAAAAAAAAAAAUAGAAGAGAAAACACAAAUGAUCUGGAAAAAAAUUAGAAAAUUGUAAGAAAACGUAUCAAAAAAUUAGUAAAAAAAAAAAAAAA